CUCGCUUGUCUUCAUUCAUUUGAAAAAAAAGUUUUUACAAUAGGAUUACAUUGGUAUUUUUUGAUAACAUCGAAAACUGUAGACAACUAAUAUUAUUUUUUCUCUCCUGCUUUAGUAAUGUUGUAUUUAGCUAUAGCGACUUUUAUGUAAAUUCUGACGGAGAUGUAGGCGAUGUAGGCCAGGUAUUACGAUUCACUGAGCUUGAGAUAGCUUGUGCAGUGUGAAGUGAUGUGAGAAGAUGGAAAACUUUAACAUUUAACAAACUUUGUAAUUAUUUAUGUAUUGUUGAAACUCACACUCUGGUGUGUGGUUUGUGAACAUACUGUUUUGCAAUUGAUAAAAGUAUUGUUGGAAACCUUUUUCUGGGAAUGUUUGGAAAUUUUCAGUAAUUUUAGUGGAGAGUACAAGUGUUACCGCAUGUUGCUCGGAGAAAACCUGGAAAAGUAAUAAGUUGUUUAGAUAUAGAUGUGGUGAUUAAUGCCUGUCUAGCAUUCCUGAUUUAUUUGGAGUAAAAAUAGUUUUUUAUAGUGAAUGUUAGUUGAGUGCUUUAAAAAUGGGAAAUAAAUUCACAAGGAAAUUUAAAUUAGGAGAAUCAAAGGGUAAAGAGACUGGGGCUUCUGGGCAAUAUGCAAAUAAGUCCCAGGCUGAAGGGGAAGCCCUAAAAGAAGAGAAAAAAGUGAAUGACACAGGGGCCAGUUCCUCUACAGAAGAACAUGGUAGUAAUAAACCUGCAGAAACUAAGAGGGAAGUAACAGUACAACAAGUUACUAUUAAAAUAGAUGAAGUUGGACCAAAUGACCCUGAUGCUGACCCACCGGGACUGAUAAGUGAAGAGUUGAAACCCGCAGAAUCCCAACCGGAGUCUACUGAAUCUAAACCAGAGGCUACAGAAUCUAAACCGGAGUCUGCAGAAUCUAAACCGGAGUCUACAAAAUCUAAACCAGAGUCCAAACCAGAGCCCAUACCAGGAACUACACAACCAGAGACAGAGCCAGCAGAAGCUUCUGAUGAUGAGGAGCAGAAAGCCAAAGCAAAAUCUGCAACGCCACCAAGUGACGAUCGUGAAGAUGAAGUGUCAAUAACUCCCCCACAUCCUAUUGCCAAAAGAAGUCGCCGUGGUGCAGUAAGUGCCGAGGUUUACAAAGAGGAAGAUGCAGCUCAAUAUGUCAAAAAGGUUGUUCCAAAAGACUACAAAACGAUGGCUGCUCUAUCCAAAGCUAUAUCCAAAAAUGUCUUGUUUUCCCACUUAGAUGACACAGAGAGAAGUGAUAUUUUCGAUGCCAUGUUUCCGGUUCACAGACAUGCAGGGGAGGUUAUCAUACAACAGGGUGAUGAAGGUGACAAUUUCUAUGUCAUAGAUCAAGGAGAAGUAGAUGUAACCAGUGUAGCUCGCAACCUUUCAUUAUUCACUGGUACACCUAGGGCAGCUACAGUAAAGGCUAAAGGAGAUGUCAAAUUAUGGGGUAUUGACAGAGACAGUUAUCGUAGAAUUCUUAUGGGUAGCACAAUUAGAAAGAGAAAGAUGUAUGAAGAAUUCCUCACUAAAGUCUCCAUACUUGAGAACCUUGACAAGUGGGAGAGAUUGACGGUUGCAGAUGCUCUAGAACCUGUACAGUUUGAAGAUGGUCAGGAGAUUGUCCGGCAGGGAGAACCUGGAGAUGAUUUCUUUAUUAUACUCGAGGGUUCUGCAGCAGUAUUACAGAGACGUGCAGACAAUGAAGAGCCAGUUGAAGUGGGCAGACUUGGAACCUCAGAUUACUUCGGUGAGAUUGCGCUACUACUUGACAGACCUCGUGCAGCCACAGUCAUUGCACGCGGGCCCCUUAAAUGUGUUAAACUUGAUCGCAGUAGAUUUGAAAGAGUACUUGGCCCUUGUGGAGACAUUCUUAAACGAAAUAUUUCUCAGUAUAAUAGUUAUGUGUCAUUAUCAGUGUAAUAGACUUAUACCAAAUCUGUUUUAGACAUGUUUGCAUUGUCUUGGACUAUUAGCAAUAAAUUUCCUUGGAGAGCCUCAUUUUAAAGGACUGAAUCUAAGGGAGAAGGUACGAAAAGGAAGUCACUCUUUUCUUAGCAAAGGAACGAUACAAACUUGUUUGUGCAUGUAGCAGUUGUUGUUUAUAAAUGAAGAUUAAAUUAGCUCCAUUAAAACUUUUAAGUAUACUGUCGUUUCGGAUAACACAUUUUGGAUAUGGUUAGAUGAUAUUUGCUUUUUAACCAUGAAAUAUUUUUGCACUUGUGCUGUAAAGUUAAAAGAUAGUUGGUUAAGAAAGAGUGAAAAGCUUAUCAGGUUUAGUGAGACAACCUCUCGAUUAUUUAUUUUACAAGAUGAGUACUUUGAGUCACAGAUCAGGUACUAAGGUUUGCUACAUUUGAAAAUAUUUUGAAAAUGAAUGAAAGUAUACAUUGAAAACAUUUAAAAUGUCUUUUUCUCAAUGUUUGUGAAUGAAAAUACUUUCAAGCAGUCUGUUUUUGAAGGCAUUUUAGAAGUAAGUUUAGUUUUGUUCACAUUAAAAGAUGUAUAAAAUCUGUAGUUAAAAGUUUCCUUCCAGAACUAUACUGUUUCUCAAUCAAAACAAAACUAGUCUGUUCUACUUGUUAUGAUGAAAUUCUCGGACUAGAAAAUGGCUUCAUGGCUUUUAGAAUUGCUGAUUCUUUUCCCUGUCUGUCUUACCAAUUCUCUGCAUAAUAAGAAAAAAAAACACAUAUUAACCAGUAAAAAUUGUAGAUCUUGUCGUAUUCAUGUAUUAUCUUAUAAGUGAAAUAUAUGCCAAGUUUUUCUCUAAAUAAAGCAUUACUUUUACCAGAUAGGUAAAAAAUUCAUUUCCUAUUUUUCGACCAGAGCAGUUAAAUAUCCUGGAAAGUUCAGAAAACCAUGCAUGUCAAAUGCAUUCAAAGAGAAAACCCGAUGGUGAUGAAUACCUGUUUAAAACAACUUGACUGGUUUGAGUCAGAUUUUACCUGUUAAGAAAAAUAGGUUGGUUUCACUGGUAUAGAUAGGACAGGUCUUAUAUAAAGUAGGACAUACACAUGUUUCAUUAGAGAGAAUUGUGUUAAAGGGGCAUGCCUCUAGAAUUAUGUAACUAUUUUUGAAAAUUGAAGAAGCACUUCCAUUAGUUAGUGGUUGUACAUAAAAGUAAAAAGAAGUUGAUACAGUGAAUACUGUGCAGUACUUGAUUAUAAAGGGACACAUGUCACACAAUACAAACAUAAUGCUAAAUUGAAUGAUUUAUGCUGUACUUUACCAUUCUCCAAUUAUACCAACUUUUAUGAUAUUAAUUUAUGAACUUUUAGGUUACUUUUAUGUUAUUGUCUGUUUUAUCAUGUUUGACGUUGUGGUAGCGAAAUAAAGCCAUUACAUAAUAUUGAUAUUACACUUGUGUGAUAGAGCUUUGACAUUAACAUCAUUUUAAGUAUAGGAGAUGUUGGUCAAAUUUACUUGGUCAGUAAUCGGUAAUUUAAGAAAUUUUUAUGUUUCAGCAGGAAAAGCUUACAUGUGAUAAAAAUAUUACAUUUGUGUCUUUCCACAUUUAAUUUGUUAAACCUGUUGAAAGAAAUUGAUAAAAUGCUCGGCAGAGUCUCGCAUUUUAUUAUUUUAUACAACUUGUUUGAUAUAUUCAGUAUUGAAAGACACUCGUGUAAUAUCCCCUAUUUAUUAUAAAAUGAAAUUUUGAUGUUUAUCAGGAGGUAUGCCCCUUUAAUGUUGAAUUGCAUUCAACUGCUGUUUAUUAUUUAUAUAUUGAUGUAUCUAGGUAGCCAUGGUUGUGUCUAUAUUAUACCAGGAGUAUGUAUACAUGUAUUCAUUAUGCUUUUAAGUAUUACAGCAAUCGAGUUGCGCUCAUUGAUAUAAAUUGCUUGAAUGUCUAUAUACCAAAAAAGAUUAAAACACGCAAUUAACGGGUACUAUAUCCAUAUUUGGUCAGUACAUAAGGCGGCCCCUGUAGAUUCUGGACUAGUUGAUAGUGUCUCGUCAGUGAGUAGAAGGUUGUGUGAUUAGUUUCCCCUCUUGUAUGUUGAUGCCAAGCCUGUAUUUAUCAAGGGUAAACACACUUCUACAUUUAAUCAUCGUACUGUAUGUGCAAACAGAUGCAUGCAGAUAUACUGCAGAAAUAGGUAACAAAACUCUCUUGAAAAUACAAAGUAUAUUAUGUGUUUAAACCAUGCAAAUAAAUAUACUGUAUAUUUUAAGAAACCUAGAGAAGUAAUUCAUUGAUCUAAACAUUUUUGUUGUGAUGUCAGUCUGAAGAAAUAUGUUGAAGGAAACAUAAGCUAAGAGAGCCAAACUGUCUUUAUUUUUGUGUAAAUGUAUUCUCGAUAUUGCAGUUUUUCCCCGCUAAAUCCUAAUUGUUCAAUUGCUUAACAAUAUGGAAUGGUUAAAUGUAGGCCUGUAUUUUGAGCAGUACUUGUAUGUUGUCAGUGAAUUAAUUCUGUACUAACAUAUAAAGUAGAUACUAUGAAUUGCUAUGGUUUUCCUGAUAUUAUUUUCUCUUCAAUCUUUUUUUUUGUUAAUUUGUGUUACUAUAGAUGCAGAGAUGAGUUUCUAGAACAUAGGGCAUAAAAUAAUGAUUGACUAACAAAGUGUGUUCCACAAGAGUUAUCUCUCUUGGCAUAAUAGGAAAUAUUUGACUAAUAUAUUAUUUUAUAUUCAUCUCUUGGAUAUUGGUUUAUAUUGAUAUUUUUGCACAUUGAGGUGCAGAAAAUUUGCUGAACACCCCUGUACUUAAUAGCUCGCUUCAAGUAACGUUUAUGUAGAGUUUUUACAAAAAUUGUUUUAUAUCAGUUGACACAAGUAUAUUUUGUUUUUCUUUGCCAAACUGAUUAAUUUGUUCAGGUGACUAGUUUGUGAUUGUUAAUGUGUAUUAGAGAAAUUAUCAUUUUUAUGGGUGUAGUAAGCAUCAAGAUUGACCUAUUUUACCUCUUGUUCAUUGAAUAGAAAAUUUGAUAUGUCCAUUAUUAUAUACAUACGUAAACUGAUGCGAAUGAUUGUGAUCAGGAUGUUUAUGCUGACAAAGAUGAAGGAACUGCCUCAGUUUGUAUGUGUGUAUUUAAACUUAUUCGUAAUCGUUACCAGUAACAAAUACGAAUGAUUCCUGCAGGAAACUUUUAGUUAUUUUACUGAGAGGACAAAUAAAACACUACAUACCCUGUGUAAAGCACCCAUACACAGGACUCAUCCUUAUGGAGUAGUCCAGGCUUGUGGCUCAAAGUUCAAAUGAAAACAUACUUAGUUACAAGUUUUUCACAGUAUAGUUAAUAUAAUAAGACAUAAAAAGUUCAAAUAUUCUAUUCACUGAAGGUGAAAAAGAGAAAGUCUAGUUGAUUGCUAAAUCCAUGGACUUCUGAUGUUAAUGAUAAAUGUACAGUUGUUAGCUAAUCAAGGGAUGUUGUUAUUAUAUGUAUGAAUGUUUAAUCAUUAAAAUAUGGUGAAUCAUAGUGAAAGUUUUAGAAUCAUGUAUUUAUGAAAUUUUGAGAGAAUAUAUGAACUAUUUCCUUUUUUGAUUAAACAGAUUGAAUGUA